AUGCCCAGACCCUGGUCAUCUCUGACCAGGACGUGGAAUUUCAAAUAUGUCCUUGUUCCGCAGAUAGGUUGUUUUUCAUCCAUAUCACACCUGAAGACACUCAUCUCUGUCAACUCCGUCCGCGACAGUGUCUCGAAGUUCGUUGUCAGAUCCCGUACAACAGAUCCUUUUCUCAACCUAGCAAUCGAAGACCAUCUGCUCAAGACAUCUGACCCCAAUACCCAUAUACUCUUUACCUACGUCAACCGUCCUUGUGUUGUCAUUGGUCGCAACCAGAAUCCAUGGCUGGAGACCAACCUAGCCGCUUUGAAAUAUGGUGUUCCUGUCGCCACAGUUGAAGAUGAAUGUUCCCGGCAGGAAGUUCUGUUGGUGCGACGGCGGUCGGGAGGGGGCACUGUCUUCCACGAUGAAGGCAACCUGAAUUACAGCUUCAUCGUCCCGAACGACAAAGCUUUCAAUCGAGAUAAGCACGCCGAGAUGGUGGUUCAAGCUAUUCAAGGGAUAUCGCCAGCGGCAGCCUUUGACGGGCAACAACUGCUUGCCCCACAUCUUACAAAGGGCAUAAGGGUCAAUCAGCGACAUGACAUCGUGAUGCCUGCCCGCACAGAAAGUGGUCUAGCACUAGAUGAGCAGCAGACGGUAAAAGUCAGCGGCAGUGCGUACAAGUUGACACGAGGGCGUGCCUUGCAUCACGGAACAUUGCUCUUUUCCUCGCCGAAUUUGAAAAGCAUUGGCCGCUAUCUACAAAGUCCUACAAGACAAUUCAUCGAUGCGAAAGGGGUAGAGAGUGUGCGGUCGCCCAUAGGGAACUUGCGCUUUUCGAAUGAGCUGUCAAUACGCACUGCUUUGAAGGAUGAGAUUGAGAAAAGCAUUGCAGCAGUUUUUGAAGAGCGGUACCCACACGGAAAAGCGAAUAUCAGCAUGGUCGGCGAAUCCGACAUAGAGGGCCACGCAGCAAUUCAAGCUGGUAUUACCGAACUCAGAAGUCAAGAGUGGAAGUUCCUCCAGACACCUGCCUUCACCUUCACGAACCAGCAGCUACCAGGGGAGAGCUUCAAGCCUGGCACCCAACCGACCUCCCUUCCAACAUCCACCAAAGUCGUUCUAAAGGCAAAGCAUGGCAUGAUCAUCGAAUCCCACAUAUCCCUAUCGGAGAACCAAGAGGUCGCCGAUGCAGAAGCGCAGCAGGCUCGAGCGGUCAUACAGAACAAGAAACUUCACGAGAUCAAGAAUUGGCAACAAGUAUUCGCAGGCAUGGAUAGAUGGACACACCCGUCGACGGGGUCGUUGGUGGCCUGGCUCUCUGACAUGUUUCCACCAAUACCAGAUUAG